CAUGUUCAGAUCACUUCAGGUCGUUGCAAAGACAAACAACUUCCGAACCUACCUAAGUUACUAAGUAUCUGUACGAUUUUGGCUGUUACUUGUCGUGUUCAGCCGGCAAGUUUCGCGUGGUGACCAGUGUCUCUGGAAUUAGCUGCAUCAUUUGCAUCCCAACUCCGAUUAUCCUCGCAGCUGGCCCGGAUCCUUGAGCUUGCGAGUCAAGGAGCUAGCGAUCAAAUCUGAUCACUUUUCCGUGACGAAUUCUGACACAGCUUGAGUAUUGUUCGUUGUGAGGCUCACUGCAUUUGUUGUCUGAGAGAAGUCGUUCAUCCUUCUUCAAGGCUGUCUGUGUUACUGUUCCCAACACUCAAGUUAUAUACCAUAGUUGAAUAUGGAAGGCAAAUAUGCAUCAGACCCCGAAUGGGCUUCGAUCAAACCAAUUCCUCUGAAUGAUGGCUCCGAGUCUGGUGUCCAGCCUCUGGCCACCAUCGCUUAUCCUGCAGCAUACCUCGAAGCCACUUCAUAUCUGCGCGCGGUGAUGGCCGCCAACGAGAUGUCUGAGAGAGCAUUGAAGCUGACUCACGACAUCAUCUCCAUGAACCCGGCCCAUUAUACUGUCUGGAUUUACCGAGCGAAGAUUUUGUUUACUCUAGAGAAAGACCUACAGGAAGAACUAGAAUGGCUGAAUGGUGUCUCGCUCAAAUACCUGAAGAAUUAUCAGAUUUGGCAUCAUCGCCAAGUUUUGGUGUCACGCGAGGACUUUUUCCCGACGCCCCCGCACAAAGAGGCCGAUUUCCUGAUGGAGAUGUUUGCUCAAGACUCCAAGAACUAUCAUGUAUGGACCUACCGCCAUUGGUUGGUGCGGCACUUCAAGCUGUGGGAUGCUCCACGUGAGAUCCAGGACGUGGAAGCCUUGUUGACCUCGGACGUCCGGAACAAUUCCGCCUGGAAUCAUCGAUUCAUGCUUCGUUUUGGGCCGCGUGAGGGAGAGCCGGAUGCAGGAAUGCCAAACAGUGAUGGGAGCCCCUCGGAGAAGGGCCGGCUGGCAGUGGUUGAUGAGGAUGUGGUAGAUGCCGAGCUGAAGUUCGCCCAGUCCAAGAUCGUGCGGGCGCCGGAGAACCGCAGCCCAUGGUCUUACGCGCGGGGUGUGCUGCGUGCUGCAGGCCGACCGCUAGCGGAAUGGAAGGACUUUGCGGGCAAAUUCGUGAUCAAGAAGGAUGAUGGCUAUGAGGCGAAAAGCAGCCAUGCUGUGGAAUGGCUUGCUGAUGUGCUUGCUGAAGAGACGGAACCGGCGUCAGGACAAGAGGCGGUCCAGAUGCUCACUUUGCUGAAGGAAAAGUACGAUCCCAUUCGGAGGAACUAUUGGGACUAUCGGAUUCGGGCUAUUGCCGGACAAGAAGCCACAGCUUCUGCGUGAAUUUGCGAUAAGCUUGAUGGGGACUCAUUUGAGUUAUAUGUAUUCUAGCAUGCUCG